AUAUAUUUCACCGGAAGAUAAGCUGACACUUCUGUCUUACAUUUCCGAUUUCAUUGAUUGUGAAAUAAUCGUUAUUUUAGGUAAAACAGUAGAUUUAAAUAAAUGAAAUAAUGCCACCGAAGAAAGGAGGUGACAAAGUCAGUAAGAAAACUGAACAAAAGAAAAAGGAUAAAAUUGUUGAGGAUAAGACAUUUGGUCUAAAAAAUAAACGAGGAGCUAAACAGCAGAAAUUUAUUCAACAAGUUCAAAAGCAAGUUCAUCAUGGAAACCAGAAGAGCGCUAAACAGCUUGAACUUGAAAAGCAAAAGCUUGGUGGAAAGGAUGAUAAGAAGAAACAAGCUGAAGAAUUAAACAUGCUUUUUAAACCUGUCGAACAAAAAAUUGGAAAAGGUGUGGAUCCAAAGAGUGUUGUUUGCGCCUUUUUCAAGCAAGGCCAGUGUGGUAAAGGAGCGAAAUGUAAAUUCUCUCAUGAUUUGAAUAUUGGUAGGAAGAGUGAAAAAAAAAAUAUGUAUUCCGACACAAGAGACGAGGAAGAAACUAUGGAUGACUGGGAUGAAAAUAAACUCGAAGAGGUCGUUAACCAAAAGCACGGAGAAAGUAAUAAGAGUAAGCCGAAAACAGCGAUUAUUUGCAAGUUCUUUUUGGAGGCUGUAGAAAAUUCUAAAUAUGGUUGGUUUUGGCAAUGUCCAAGCGGUGGAGAUAAAUGUAUCUAUAGACAUUGUCUUCCUCCUGGAUUUGUACUUAAAAAGGAUAAGAAAAAAGAAGAUGUAGGAGAUAAAUUGACCUUAGAAGAUUUGGUAGAAAAGGAGAGAGCCUCUUUGAGCUCCAAAAAUUUGACAAAAGUAACUCUUGAGUCUUUCUUAAAAUGGAAGGAACGAAAGCGCAAAGAGAAAAUUGCUAAACAUAAAGCUGAUUUGGACAAGAAGAAGGCUGACUUUAAAGCCGGAAAAGCUCUUGGACUUAGCGGAAAAGAUUUGUUUGAAUUUGACCCAAAUCUUAUAGAAGGUGAUGAUGAUGCAGUGGAAGAUAUAGUCUACGAAAUACCUAAAGAUGAGGAGGAAGAUGAGAAAGUUAGAGAAAUCGAUUUUAAUGAUUUGACUUCAUUUGCCACUGAGGUUGACAAUUCUGGAACUAAAGCUCCAGAUCAACGAAUUUAUGAAAUUAAGCAAGAAAAAGCAACUACAAACGGCGAAAUCGUUGAUAAGGAGGAAGAAAACAGGUUAUCAGAAGCUGCAGGAGGAUGCGAUAAAGAAAAACCAACUGACGAAGCCAUUUCACUACCAAAAGAAAAUGAGAUAGAUGGCGUUCCUAUAGAUGAAAACUUAUUUGCGGACGAGGAUCUUCAAGAUUUAGAAGAAGAUUUGGAAACGAUUGAAUUACAAGGCUGA